AUGCGGCUGUGCCACACGCCCGCCAAGGGCGCCAGCGACCUCGGGAAGGAGCUGGCCGAGCUCAGGGAGGCGGUGGCAAUCCUCCUGGGCGACGCGGAGGUCGGAGACAGGGUCGUGGCGCUCAUCCCGGCGCUCGCGGCGAGGCUGGCAGGCCGCGUCCCUGAGCACGCCGACCAGCCGAGGCGCAACGUCGCGCCGCAUGCCGAGAUCCCUGCCAGGGCGCCGGUGUCUCGGGCCUCGCCGCGGCAGCUCCGGCAGUGGCAGCGCUUGGCCAGGCUGGAGGCCCGCCGCUUCGGUGCUGGCGAGGGGCAGGGCGAGGCCAGCACGGCCGCCGCGGGAGCCGAGGCCGAGGAGGUCAAUGACGACGCCGACGGCGGCCUCGGCCAGAUCCUCGAAGGGGAGUGCAGCGCCCAGGACUCCCAUCACUUCAUCGGCCAGGCCGAGCCGCGGGUGGCCCAGCGGGGCUCUCUCGCCGAGGAGUUGCGGUUGGCCGCGGCCUGCGAGGGGCCGCAGGGCGGCGCCUCCCAGCAGGGGCGGCUCAACCCCUCGUUGGCGCAGCGCGCGGACCUGCACCGCCUGGGGAGGAUCUUCCAGGCUUGGUGGGAGUGGUGGCCGUACCUCCGCGACGACGGCUACCAGGUGGCCAGCCCCCUCGGCGUGGACGGCCAUGCUACCGCCAGCCUGGCGGAGCAGGGCUUGGGCAUGGCCGCUCAGCCUCGUGCGGAAGCCGAUGCGAGCUCGCCCCACUUGGGCGCUCGUCAUGUGCUUCGUGGAGUGGGCAGCCUGAAAGAUGGCGGUAAGACCCCAUCUACGGCGGCUUCAGGCUCCGUCUUUGUCGUCAGCGCGGAGGACGCUGGGGCGCAGCAGGCGCAGUAUGGGGAGGCGACCGUGCAGGGCAGCCCCAGGCAUGUCGUCUUGACGAAGAUCGUGCGUGCGGAGGCCCUCUCAGGAGCUCGGGCGGACGGUUUCCUGGAUGCCCUCAGGAUGGUGCUGGACGGCGGCGGAGGGGGCCCCAUAGACUUGGCGGCAACCAGCUGGCUGCCAGCUGCUUGGUGCACCGUCGCCGCGGAGAGGCAG